GGUCACAGAUGUAAAGCAAAUAUUUACUGAAGCGAAGUUAUUCGACGCAAAAGUGGAAAGAAACAAAGGUACUUUUGAAAAAUAUUAGUUUGUGAGCGAUUGAUUAAGAAGGAUGUCUUGGUUCAAUGUUUGGACUGCCAUUAAAACUAAAACAUGCAGAUAUCUAUUGCAACGGUAUUUGGGACAAUUUAUAGACGAAACAAUAGACUUAAAGCAAUUAAAAGUUGAUUUAUACAAUGGUAAAGCUACUGUGAAAAAUGUAUCAUUAAAUGUGACAGCGUUGAACGCUAUAUUAGAAGCUCAAGGAUGGGCUAUAGAAAUUAUAAGUGGCCGUAUAGGAGUUCUAACGGCUACUGUCCCAUGGAAUGCAUUAAUGUCGCAAUGCAGCUGUAUUGAUGUUGAAGACGUAGUUAUUUCGGUAAGACCUGUUCAAAGGAAAACGAAUGGAACAUCCAUGUUAGAAUCAAUGUGGUCGUCAGCAAGCAAUUCUAUGCAGUUAGCAGAAGAAUGUAUGAAGCAGCAUGAUGACGAUACUGAAGAAAGCAAUCAAGUAGAUGCAAAAUCAAUUCCGGGCCUAGAGAAAUUCGCGGAAACUAUAGACAACAUAUUAAACAGAAUAAAAGCAACAUUUAAAAAUACUUUUAUACAACUUGAAUAUCAAUCAUCAGAUAGUUCAAAAGCCAUAUCUCUGCGCUUUAAUAUAAAUGAGUUAAUAUACGAAAAUGUUACUGGCUGUAUGCAAGAACAGCGCCAUGAAAACUCUCCUAGGGUCCAAACCAACAAUUUGGAAGAAACCGAGGAAAAUAAAUAUCUGUUACCUAUGUUUGCGAAACAUAAUAUAAGUAUAUGUGGUUUAACUGUAAGUACUGAAGAGUUGAAGACAAUGAGUGAAAGCUUAUUAUACGAGAAUAAAGAUUUUUCUCAAUCAUGCGCUAUUCCUAUUAUGGAAAUAAGAGAAGAAAUACAUUUUCGAAUCAAAAUGAAACAAUCGGAAAAUAUAAACGGACCUAAAAUAAUUAUUGAAUCCGAAAUCGGUUCGAUUUAUACUCUUAUUACUCCAAGACAAAUACACUUGAUUUUACAACUAAUAGAUGCUUUUCAAAAUGAUGCUUGCGAUAAACAGGAAGCCGAUUAUUACGAAGAAAAGCAACACAAUGAUAAUUAUUUGUAUCACAAAAGCAAUGAAACGGUUGAAUUGGGUAACUGGAUUGAUUGUGAAACAGGUCCCUCUGUUGUAAAUCCAUUACCGCGAAUAAAUUUGGAUAAAUUAAAAGACUUAUCGAGAGGAUAUUCGCCACCUAGUAGCUCUAUUAGCUCUAGCACCACAUUGACUGGCUUGUCAAAGUGGCAACGUAAAACAUCAAGUUUGGAGUAUUCCGGUGAUAUUUUAAGCUUUUCUGUCAAAGUAUCAGCGUUUGUAUCAAUAGUACUUUUGGAAGACGUGCUGGUAGAAACCGAAUCGAAUAAUAUAAGUCCUCUUAACAAAACAAGCGAACAGAAUAUGAUAGAUUUCGCAAAAGAAUUUUUUGAUCAUGUUCAUCAACUUUUUGAUAAAAAAAUUGACUCAGCCGCGUUAACGUGUGGUAAAAACCAUUUGUUUAUUUCUAUAUCGCCAAUAACUAGUGGAGGAAGUCAGCACAGGAUCAAACAAAUGAUAUUGUCGAAAAUAAAUUUCGCAGCACAAAAGAUCGAUCUUUAUGAAGUAUUAAAUGGAGAACCGUCUGAGUUGAUAACAUUUGAUCGAACCGAAAACUACAACACACCUGAUGUAGCGGUACAUGUGGAAUCGGAUGUUACUUCAAAAAGUGUAAAUAUCGCUCUGCAAAACUGUCGAAUAGAACUUGAUAUAUCUAUAUAUGAUCGUCUUAGUGCCAUUUUGGCACCCUCACCUUUUGCUGCCUAUUCUUCGGAACAUGGUUCUCAAUUCGUGAAGCAAGAAUCAUCGAAAUUAACGUUUAUUACAAAUUUAACAUCCACGGCUAUGGAAUUGAUUUUGCGCUUUCCAAUAUAUGACGCUAGACCUAUUCACGAUCCAAAUCGCGUUCCAUGGUGGCAAAAAAAUAUUCGACCUGAUUAUAUGAUAAUUUCACUUGACCAUGCUUGCAUGAAGUUUGUUGGCGGAAAAUUUGACAUAUUAACAAAUGAAUUAAAUGCUUACUACGUAGAUAAAGAAAGAGACGAUAAAGUUUGGAUACUUAAAACCAAUUCAAUGAAAGUUAACUCUGAGGUUAUUGAUUAUGUGAAAAUCUCUGUAACAAUACCAGAUGAGUAUUAUUGGACGAGUAUAAAAGAUAAUUUCUUAGUUGGCAAUUUUAAUGACAAUAUAAAACCAACAGAUGCAGAUAGUUUACCAUUUAGUGCAAAACGUUUUUGCAGAGAAAGUGAUACAAUACAUAACAAAAGUGAAAAUAUGGAGUCAGAAACUAUAUUGCUGCCAGGUGAAACGAUAGAGCUAGCUGAAUUUCGAAGGACUACAAUGCGCACUUCAAGGAUACAGGUAGAAGUGACAGUACCCAAUUUACACAUUAUAUUAGAAUCAAAGAAGUUUUACGAAGUUAUUUAUAACCGCUUCAACACGGACCUUUUUAUGUGGGAACCCAGCUCACCUAUUUUAAAUUCUAUUAAUACGAUAUGUGUCGAAAACAAGCAAAGUAUAUACAAUAUACCUAGUUCUUCCGAGCCUCAAUAUAGCCGUUUUAAUGAAUUUGAUUUAUCUGAAUCUGAAGAAAGCGGCUCAUUCGCAGAACAGAAUAUAAAUUUGAAAGGUAUUUCUAUGACAGAGAGUAUAUAUUUUUCGACACUUGACUCGCACAACACAGAAGAUAUCUAUAGAGAAGAGAUUAACAUAAAAAAAAGUCAAUUCUCCAUUAAUGUUUCAAUACGAAAUGGAUUAGUUGAACUAUUUGUUCCUAUAAGAGAUACAGAGAAUCAAAUUAUGCCUGAAGAUAUGGGCAAAAUAGAUAUCAAUGUUAAUGAACUCAACAUAUUUUCUGUGAAUGGGUACAAUUCUAAUAAAAAUGUAUGCUAUCUGUGCAUUGAAAUUGAUGAUAUUAAAAUGGACCAUUGUGGACUAUUGCACGAAAUUUCCACAAAGCUUAUAAAUGAAAAUGAGCGAAAUAUGCAAAAAACUUUCUAUAAAACUCCGAGAGGUUUGUUGAAAUCUAAUCAACCACCAAUUAUAGAACGAGAAAUGAUUUCUUUGGUGAUCGAAACUAAACGUGUACCGGAACAAAGGGUCAAACGAAUUGUGGUGACUACCGGUAUUCAGCAGGCAACAUUGGGGUACCAUCCCUCUAUAACAAAUCAGUUUUGGCUAAAUCAGCUUAUAGAUUUUCUUGAUGUGGUCGAUUACCCUAUAGAAGGGUAUGUACCAUUUGGAAUUAUAACAGAAAUGCAGCUGCAUUUAUGGAAUUGUGCAAUAGACUAUCGUCCGACAAACUUCGAUUAUCGGGCAAUUGUCGAAUUGGGUGCUUUUACAAUAAGUAGUAAUGUUAUUUCUUCUGUAGCAGGCUGCAAUUUGCGUUUCAUAGUGGAAGAUUUUGUUUUAUAUAUCGCACAAAAUAAAGAAAACACAAAAAGCCAAAACUCUAACAAAAUCCCAAUUGAUUCAAAGUAUUUGGUGCCAGUACUUGACAUCGGGUUAGUCGACAUAUCACUUAGGCUAAAUGAAAACUCGGAAAAGUAUCCGAAAUUCGAUUUACGAUGUUCUGUGCAUGAUGCACAUUUGCGAACAUGCAGCGAUUCGGGAAAAGCACUAGCCCAACUUAUAGAACAUCUGGCAAAUGAUGGUGACACCGUUGAACCUGAACAAAAUAUUUCAAGUACAACAACAUUGCAGCAAUCUAGAUUAGAAAUCAACGAAACACCUACUUUGGUUGAACAUAAGAGAAAAGAAAGUUUAACUGAGCAGCAAGAUUGGCAACAAGAACGAGUAAAUAUAAUGAUGGCAGAAGCCCUCAGAGAAACAAUCACUUUGAGUGCAGUGCCCUCAACAUCAAAAAAUUCAAAACUUGCUGGACAUGGAAUUGAGCCCUUCUACUUCCCAGAUGAGCAACAACCUGGUAUAUUGGACGACGAUUAUGAUUGUGGAGAUAAUUUGUCUGCAAUUGUAAAUUUUGAACAUCACGUUAUGUCUUCGUCGUAUUGUCCAGCAGAACCAAAUGUGGACGUGUUACCACAGAUUAAAUCCGAUUUGGGCGAUAUUAAUAAUGAACGCUUAUAUAGUAUGCAUAGACGUCAUCCACGUGAGGACGAAUAUUGCGUGAUAUCCGAAGAUGAACGACGAAAAGUGUCGCAAUGUGGAGUACUCGAACUGAAAUUAUGUGAAGACCCUAUACGAAUAGUUGACAACCACUUUUGCUUACCUUCUAAUAAGUUAGAUUUACUUAAACCUCCGGAUGAUUUUCCAAUGCCUGUAUCUCGAUACACACUUUGUGAGAUGACAUUCACAUGGCAUCUAUAUGGUGGAAAAGACUUUCUUACGACAACAGAUGAUAUUAGUGCCAAAGAUGAUCCAGGUCACUUUCGGAUGUCUGAUGCCUACAAACAUGGUGUGUCAUAUUCAAAGGGAAGCAAUAGUGUUUCCGGUUCUAAAAAAUCAAAAGAUCUGUCGUGGAAAACAAUUGGAGGUGUGCAGCGAAAUCAUGAUAUACUUGUUGAAAUUCAACUGACCAAAGUACGAUUGUCACAUGAAAUUUAUCCAACUCAUAUAACACAAGCUUCGCGACAAGUACUUGUAAUUCACGACAUAGAAAUCAGAGAUAGAUUAAAAUCGUCGGAAAUAAAUAAAUUUUUGUAUAAUCCUAAUUUUAAAACUACAUCACAGAAAUGUCCACAGCAAAUGCUUGUAGUAAAGGCUUUGCAUGUUAGACCAAAGCCGAUAAUUAGUUCGGCACAAGAGUGCUCAUUAAGGAUAUCACUUUUGCCAAUGCGGCUUAACAUCGAUCAAGAUACACUUAUUUUCUUAGCAGAUUAUUUCACAAAUAUUGGAAGUAAAAUGAAAGAGACGAACUUAUCGGACAAUAAUCAACCGGCUGAAGCACACGCUCCUAUAAUGGAUGUAGAACUAACGGAAGAUGAAGAGGAUUUGCAAGCGCGGAACCUCAUAUCGACAAAUCUUGAGUUACUAGAAAAUGAGGUAAUCGACAAAACUGAAAAACAAAGUGAGGAGAUAGAAAAAUCAUCUCCAAUAUAUUUCCGUGAAGUAAUAUUUGGUCCAGAUGUAUCAAUACGUUUCGACUAUCACGGUCGUCGAGUGGAGCUUUCUAGGGGUCCCAUAGCAGGGCUUCUAAUGGGCCUAGGACAACUGCAAUGCUCUGAAAUUAAAUUAAAGAAAAUAAUUUACCGUCGUGGCUUCUUAGGUGUAGACAAACUUGUAGCAUACUUAUGCAGGGAAUGGUUAAAGGACAUUAAGAGGAAUCAACUACCAAAAAUUUUGAAGGGUGUCGGGCCAACUUAUUCCUUCGUGCAAUUUAUACAAGGUGUAAUUGACUUAUUCCGUUUGCCAAUUGAACAAUAUCAACGGGAUGGACGUUUAAUUCGUGGAAUUCAACUGGGCGCACAAAGUUUUACAGCAAGAACAGCGUUAGCUGCUCUAGAAAUAACUUCACGUGUUAUUCAGAUUUUACAAUUUACAGCUGAGACAGCAUUCGACAUGGUGUCCUCUGGUCCAUCUAUAAGAACUAUUCGCAGACAUCGUAGAGAUAGAAAAAGGCGAUCUAAUAGACCAAAAGACAUGCGUGAAGGUGUAACAAAUGCGUACCUGAUAUUGAAGGAGGGAAUUAAUGAAUCUGCCGCCACACUUAUAGAAACAGCCGCUGCAGAGCACGACCAGAAGGGAUAUACUGGGGCAGUAGGAGCUGUGAUGAGACAGUUACCACAAUUAGUUGUUUGUCCAGCAGUUUUGGCCACUCAGGCUACAACCAACAUAUUGGGCGGAGUCAAAAGCUCUCUUGUACCUGACGCCAAAGUUGAAGCACGUGAGAAGUGGAAAACUGAUAUUGAUUAAAUAUUUGCUUUAUAUAAUUACCAUAUAUACAUAUAACUAGAUAAGUAUGAUGUACUUUAAUAAAUAGAUUUUAUACGUUCAAUUAAAAUUAUCAUUAUUAG